GACGAGAACAUCUGUCAGGAGACCGUCAACCAUCAGCUGACACGCCCACAUCAAACACUAUUAUACUAUUAUACUAUACUGAAACAUUAUUUCAGGUUGGUAUUUUGGGCUGGGUCACCUGACCCCUCAGCGGGUUGCAUCUUUUAACGUCAGCUCCGCCCAAACUUUUCAUCAGCACUUUAAAAUCAAACGUUUGCGACGCGUUUGGGACGACUCGUCACAGGACUCUGGCAUUUAUUCAGGAAACAGAGCGGUCCUCGUCUUUGUCCAUCAGACGAGCGUCGGCGCAAAGCUCGGCUUGUGUCUCGUGUUAUAAAUCAAACAGCUCACUGACAGCUGGACUCGCUCAUCGGCUGUGAAACUUUACUUCCUCCCUGCGAGGUCAGUUUGGCUGUUAUUACACGUCAGCACCUGUAACAGUACAAAAACAUAAAACUGCAGCUCUGCAGCUGUUAGACUGCACGUGAAACACGUUGUGUAUAAAGGCUCAUUUGCAUCAUGGAGCCCUGCUCUCUAGAACUGACUGUGUGUGAAGCUGGAUUUAAGAAAUAGUGCUUUAUAAAGUUUUUAACAGCAUGUUUACAGCCAUCUCGUUUCAGUACAGGUGGUGUUGGUUGGUCACAGCUACAACAGUUUCUCUAACUGACCUCAGGUCAGCAGGAAGUGUGUGCCAAGAACAGCACCACAGUAACUAGAAGCAUCCUCAGCUCUGAGAUCUGAUCUGGGCACAAAGACCAGCAGCUGGUGGCCGACAGGUGUGUCCGGGUUCUGGUGGCGUACUCGGAGAACAAGCCGCUGAGAGCUUUGAGCUGAUGGAAACCAUUUUAAAAGGUGUGCAGGACAGGUAAAGCAGCUACAGCCUCGCUCCGAGCUGCAGUCAGUCGGAGUGAAGAUGAAGAUGAGGCCGCAGCUGCUCCUGGUUCUGACGGCGGUCGUCUGCGCUGCCGCCAAGCCUCUGAGCAAGGCGGCGAUGACGAGUAACAAGCUGCUGCUGAUCUCCUUCGACGGCUUCAGGUGGGACUACGACCAGGACGUGGACACGCCGAACCUGGACCAGCUGGCUGCGGACGGGGUCAAGGCCAAAUACAUCACCCCUCCGAUGCUGACCAUGACCUCGCCGUCCCACUUCACCACCAUCACCGGCCGAUGGGUGGAGGAUCAUGAAGUCGUCCAUAACUUGAUGUUCAACCAAGAGACGAACCUGAAAGUUCCUCACAAAGAGACGCUGAAAAGAUCGGAGUGGUGGGACAACGGAGCUCUGCCGCUGUGGAUCACCGCUCAGAACCAGGGUCUGAAAACAGCUUCCUUCUCCUUCCCCGGAGGCGGAGCCAACUACAGUGGCCAAGGGGUCAAUCGAGUGCUACUGGAGGAGUCCGGCCACCCCGACGACAAUGAGACCGAGUGGCGUCAGAAGAUCGACACGGUGAUGAGCUGGUUCUCCGAGGAGGACUUCCACCUGGUGACGCUGUACUACGGCGAGCCAGACAACGUGGGCCACGCCAAAGGGCCGGACACGCCGGACCGGAAAGAGAUCAUCCGUCAGAUCGACCGCACCAUCGGCUACUUGAAGGACGCUAUCGAUCGCCACAACCUGACCGACGGGCUGAAUGUCAUCAUCACCUCUGACCACGGCAUGACCACAGUAAAGAAGAAGCCGCAGGUAGACGAGGUCAUCCUCAACAAAUACCUGAAUUUAUUCGAGGUCGCUAAAUUUGAAAUUCUCGACUACGGUGGGUUUGGCAUCCUGACGCCACGUCCGGGGAAGGAGCAGGAAGUUUUUGACGCCCUCUCCAACGUGCCCAAUAUCACGGUGUACAAGAAAAACGAGAUUCCAGAAAGCUUCCAUCUCGCCAAAAGUGAGCGUCUGCCUCCCAUCGUGAUCAUCGCAGAUCUGGGAUUCAACCUGAACUCUAGAUUCAUCGUCUACGUGAAUAAAGGUGACCACGGCUUCCAUAACACUGAGAUGGACAUGAAGACCAUCUUCAGGGCCUUCGGCCCGAGCUUCAAGAGGAGCUACCUGUCCGAGCCAUUCGACAGCAUCCACAUCUACCCUCUGAUGUGCAAACUGCUGCAGAUCCAACCAGCGCCGCACAACGGGUCCCUGAGCGUGACCGAGGACAUGCUGCUCCCCACCACCACGGCCAAGCCUUCGCUCACAACGCCGCAAGGCUCUUUUACCACAGCUGGAUCGCAGGGAGCUCGGCUGUCCGUGGCUCUGCUGCUGGCCAUGCUGCUGUCCAUGUUCGCCGUGCUGUAACUGGUCCAGGAUCAGUUUGACCUACAGCUGGAGUCAGCGGUUUCCUCAUUUACUUUCACUCUGAAUGUUGUAACGUUUGCUUCUCCAAUAAACAUGAACAACGUGAACAUU